UAAUAACUUUAAAUUCAAGGGUUUUAUUAUUACUAGUUGAAAAAACCCAACUUCUCCUUUCUCUCUCCAAGAAAAAGAUCAAAAGAUAAUUUGAUUUUUAUAAAACAAUGGAAAGAGAUCAUACUAGAAGCACCAACAACAAUUUCCCAAACUAUGACCUCCAUAUGUCCUUGAUUCACCACCAUGAAAACACUUCUACAAAUAACAAUAAUAAUAAUAAUAGUACAAAUUUACAAGGGUUUCCUCAAAUAAGCUUGGAUCAUCCUAACCAACAUGUCAUGCUCACCAACUUCUUGACUCAUCAUCAACCGCCACGGCCGCCACCACCACCGCCUUCGUAUCAGAUCGCGGAUCAUCGAGCUCCACCUAUCGUCUCCGAUGCACCUAACACCGCCACUGCCACCACCACAGCUACCAAGGGGCUUGUUAGUCAUUUUGAUAAUUAUGUCACCAGCAGACACUCAUGGAGUAGUAAUACUACUGAUCAGCAGGUGGAGGGAUUAUCAGAUCCUAAAUCAGGUAUUGCUGGGAACAAUUCCAAUGGUAAUGGUCGCGGUAACGAUGGAGCUGAUGACCAUUCUUGGUGGAAGAGCUCAAGCUCAGAAAAGAACAAGAUGAAGAUAAGGAGGAAGUUAAGGGAGCCAAGGUUUUGUUUUCAAACAAGGAGUGAUGUCGAUGUCCUUGAUGAUGGUUAUAAGUGGCGCAAAUAUGGUCAGAAAGUUGUCAAGAAUAGUCUUCAUCCAAGGAGCUACUACCGAUGCACACAUAACAAUUGUAGGGUGAAGAAAAGAGUGGAAAGGCUAUCGGAAGAUUGUCGAAUGGUAAUAACAACAUAUGAAGGCAGGCAUAAUCAUUCUCCUUGCGAAGACUCCAAUUCUUCGGACCAUGAUCAAUGUUUUUCCUCCUUUUAAUUAAGUAGUAAAGUAGUUGCAAUAUAUACUCCUAUAAUAUUAUAUACGUAGUACUCUGUAACGUAUUAUUCUUAUUCUAUUGUGUGUGUAAUCACGCAUAUAUCAUAUGGUAUGAUAUGUGUACGUGAUUCCAAACUUAUUAUUUUUUCUCAAUUGUAGAAUUAAGUACGUAAGAGUUAUUUGUAAAGAGAAAGUAGAGCAUGAAUGAGAAAGUACUCUUUACUCGAUCUA